AUGGAGAACUCGCCGGACAAUAAAGUCUUCGGCGAGAAUAUUAUCGACGAGAAAUUAGUGAGAAAACUGUGUUUUGGAGGGGUGAGAAGCGAAUAUAGAUGUAUUGCAUGGAGGAUAAUCUUCCAAGUUAUUGGACUGAGGAAACAAUUGCACAUGAAUGAGAUUGAGGCCAGACAGAGGAAAUACAUUUCGAUGGCUACGAAAAUGGGAUGUUCUUGGGUGAAGGAUGCAGAUAGGUAUUCUAUGAAGGAUCCUAUGGGUAAAAACGGCCUUAUGAAGCUGAAUGGGAUAUAUCAUUACGGCAAGAUUGGACUGCCUGAAAAAAUAGCACACCAAAUUGAUCUUGACAUAAAAAGGAUAGAUCCGAGAUACAAAACUUAUUCAGGGAUAGACAUAUCAUAUAUGUACUAUCACAUAUUGUGGCUGAUUGCGCGGAGAAGACCGCAGCUUGGAUAUGUGCAAGGGAUGGCUGAUAUUUUGGUUCCGUUUGUUCUUGUUUUUUCGGAUGAGAGCGUUGAGACAGCAGAGAGCAACGCCUAUUUCUGCUAUGCUCGUUUGUUGGAUGAGAUACAACACAAUAUAAUAGAUCUCCAGGCCGGAAUGAUUAAAGGGGUAGAUCUUGUCUUGCAAACUGUGGAUCCAGACUUCCACAAAUUUCUGAAAGAUAUUGGCUUGGAAAUACAUAUGUUUGCAUUCCGAUGGUUUAAUUGUUUCUUUGCCCGUGAAUUUAAGAUUCCUAUACUGCUGAAGGUUUUAGAUACUGUUUUUGCUUCUGAUAACAUUAACGAGUCAUUGCUGUACUUUGGAGUGGCUCUUCUGAUGAGACUCAAGCCUGUCCUGAUUGAAAACACCUUUUCUCACAACAUUCUGCUUUUACAGAGUAUAUAUCAAAGGGAAUGGGAAGAGGCUGAAAUAGAGCUAAUUUUGUCGUCGGCAAAAUUUUAUAGAAAAGUAACUUCCAGACAAUUGAUUUGGUCUCGAUUUUGGGAUUGA